CCAGCCCCGGCCCCCACCCCGCCUGGCCCAGCCCUAGCCUUAGCCGGGCCCGUCCCGUGCGGGCCCGUGCCGUCCCUCAGCCGGCGACGCCCGGGCUGCCCGCCUGCCCACCACCAUGGAGCUGGAGGACGGUGUGGUGUACCAAGAGGAGCCCGGCGGCUCCGGGGCCGUGAUGUCGGAGCGGGUGUCCGGCCUGGCCGGCUCCAUAUACCGCGAGUUCGAGCGGCUCAUCGGGCGCUACGACGAAGAGGUGGUCAAGGAGCUGAUGCCACUGGUGGUGGCGGUGCUGGAGAACCUGGACUCGGUGUUCGCGCAGGACCAGGAACACCAGGUGGAGCUGGAGCUGCUGCGGGACGACAACGAGCAGCUCAUCACCCAGUACGAGCGGGAGAAGGCGCUGCGCAAGCACGCCGAGGAGAAAUUCAUUGAAUUCGAAGAUUCUCAAGAACAGGAAAAAAAGGAUUUACAGACCCGAGUGGAAUCUCUAGAAUCUCAAACAAGACAACUUGAACUCAAAGCAAAAAACUAUGCUGAUCAGAUUAGCAGACUUGAAGAAAGAGAAGCAGAACUGAAGAAGGAAUAUAAUGCAUUACAUCAAAGACACACUGAGAUGAUCCAUAAUUAUAUGGAACACUUAGAAAGAACAAAACUUCAUCAACUCUCAGGGAGUGAUCAACUAGAGUCUGCAGCUCAUAGUAGAAUUAGAAAAGAACGCCCUAUAUCCUUAGGAAUUUUUCCAUUACCUGCUGGAGAUGGAUUGCUUACACCUGACACUCAGAAAGGAGGUGAGACCCCAGGAUCAGAGCAAUGGAAAUUUCAAGAAUUAAGUCAACCACGUUCUCAUACCAGUCUGAAGGUCAGCAAUAGUCCUGAACCUCUGAAGGCUGUAGAACAGGAGAUUCAAAGUCCAAGUGGAAAUUCGAUUUUGGAUGAACUUUCUGAUGUUAGCCAAGGUGGAUCUAAAGCUACCACUCCAGCAUCAAUAGCUACUUCAGAUGUGGCAGCAAUUCCUCCUGAUACUCCCUUAAAGGAAGAUAAUGAAGGAUCUGUGAAGGGUACUGACACACCAAAUAAGUCAGACAUAAGCAAACAUAUUGAAGUGCAGGUAGCCCAAGAAACUAGAAAUGCAUCUACAGGCUCUGCUGAAAAUGAAGAGAAGUCAGAAGUUCAAGCAAUCAUUGAGUCCACUCCUGAAUUGGAUAUGGACAAAGAUCUCAGUGGAUACAAAGGUUCAAGCACUCCCACCAAAGGCAUAGAGAACAAAGCUUUUGAUCGAAAUACAGAAUCUCUCUUUGAAGAACUGUCCUCAGCUGGCUCAGGCCUAAUUGGAGAUGUGGAUGAAGGAGCAGAUUUACUAGGGGAAUAUUCUGACCAUAAUUUCUUUGGAAUGGGUCGUGAAGUUGAGAAUCUUAUACUAGAAAAUACACAACUGUUGGAAACCAAAAAUGCUUUGAAUGUAGUAAAGAAUGAUCUGAUAGCAAAAGUGGAUGAACUCACCUGUGAGAAAGACGUGCUGCAAGGGGAAUUAGAGGCUGUGAAACAAGCCAAACUGAAGCUAGAAGAAAAGAACAAAGAAUUGGAAGAGGAGCUCAGAAAAGCUCGUGCAGAAGCUGAAGACGCAAGGCAGAAAGCAAAAGAUGAUGAUGAUAGUGAUAUACCCACAGCUCAGAGGAAGCGGUUUACUAGAGUAGAAAUGGCCCGUGUUCUCAUGGAAAGAAACCAGUAUAAGGAGAGAUUAAUGGAGCUUCAAGAAGCUGUUCGAUGGACAGAGAUGAUUCGGGCAUCACGAGAAAAUCCAGCCAUGCAGGAAAAAAAAAGGUCAAGCAUCUGGCAGUUUUUCAGCCGACUUUUCAGCUCCUCAAGUAAUACAACAAAGAAGCCUGAACCACCUGUUAAUCUGAAGUAUAAUGCACCCACCUCUCAUGUUACUCCUUCUGUCAAGAAAAGAAGCAGCACCUUAUCUCAGCUUCCUGGGGAUAAGUCCAAAGCUUUUGAUUUCCUUAGUGAAGAAACUGAAGCUAGUUUAGCCUCUCGCAGAGAACAAAAGAGAGAACAGUACCGUCAGGUAAAGGCACAUGUUCAGAAGGAAGAUGGUCGAGUGCAAGCUUUUGGCUGGAGUCUGCCUCAGAAGUAUAAACAGGUAACAAAUGGUCAAGGGGAAAAUAAGAUGAAAAAUUUGCCUGUGCCUGUCUAUCUCAGACCUCUAGAUGAAAAAGAUGCAUCCAUGAAGCUGUGGUGUGCUGUUGGAGUCAAUUUAUCUGGUGGGAAGACCAGAGAUGGUGGUUCUGUUGUUGGAGCAAGUGUAUUUUACAAAGAUGUUGCUGGUUUGGAUACUGAAGGCAGCAAACAGCGAAGUGCAUCUCAGAGUAGUUUAGAUAAGUUAGAUCAGGAACUUAAGGAACAGCAGAAGGAGUUAAAAAGUCAUGAAGAAUUAUCCAGUCAAGUCUGGAUCUGUACCAGCACUCAUUCAGCUACAAAAGUUAUCAUCAUUGAUGCUAUUCAACCAGGCAACAUCCUUGACAGUUUCACUGUUUGCAACUCUCACGUUCUUUGCAUUGCAAGUGUCCCAGGAGCCCGAGAAACAGACUAUCCUGCAGGAGAAGAACUUUCAGAAUCUGGUCAGGUGGACAAAGCAUCUUUAUGUGGAAGCAUGACAAGCAACAGCUCAGCAGAGACAGAUAGCUUGUUGGGAGGCAUCACAGUGGUUGGUUGCUCCACAGAAGGUGUGACAGGAACUGCCACUUCUCCUAGUACCAAUGGUGCUUCACCAGUGAUAGACAAACCACCAGAAAUGGAAGCGGAAAAUAGUGAGGUUGAUGAAAAUGUUCCAACAGCAGAAGAAGCAACUGAAGCCACAGAAGGCAAUGCAGGAUCCACUGAAGACACUGUGGACAUCUCCCAGCCUGGUGUAUACACAGAGCAUGUCUUUACAGAUCCUUUAGGAGUUCAGCUCCCAGAAGACCUCUCUCCAGUCUAUCAGUCAAGUAAUGACUCAGAUGUGUAUAAAGAUCAAGUAUCAGUAUUGCCAAAUGAACAAGACCUGGUGAGAGAAGAAGCUCAGAAAAUGAGUAGUCUUUUACCAACCAUGUGGCUUGGAGCUCAAAAUGGCUGUUUGUAUGUCCACUCAUCUGUAGCCCAGUGGAGGAAAUGCCUCCAUUCCAUUAAACUUAAAGAUUCGAUUCUCAGUAUUGUACACGUGAAAGGAAUUGUGUUAGUGGCCCUGGCUGAUGGCACCCUUGCAAUCUUUCACAGAGGAGUUGACGGACAGUGGGACUUAUCAAACUAUCAUCUCUUAGACCUUGGACGGCCUCACCAUUCCAUACGAUGUAUGACUGUGGUACACGACAAAGUCUGGUGUGGCUACAGAAACAAAAUCUAUGUGGUUCAGCCAAAGGCCAUGAAAAUAGAGAAAUCAUUUGAUGCACAUCCCAGGAAGGAGAGCCAAGUGCGGCAGCUUGCAUGGGUGGGUGACGGUGUGUGGGUCUCCAUUCGUUUGGAUUCCACACUUCGUCUCUAUCAUGCACAUACUUACCAACAUCUACAGGAUGUGGACAUUGAGCCUUAUGUAAGCAAAAUGUUAGGUACUGGAAAAUUGGGCUUCUCUUUUGUGAGGAUUACAGCUCUUAUGGUGUCUUGCAAUCGUUUGUGGGUGGGGACAGGAAAUGGUGUCAUUAUCUCCAUCCCAUUGACAGAAACCGUAAUCCUCCACCAGGGACGUUUACUGGGGCUGAGGGCAAAUAAAACCUCAGGAGCAACAGGAAAUCGUCCUGGCAGUGUAAUCCGUGUAUAUGGUGAUGAAAACAGUGAUAAAGUAACUCCAGGAACAUUUAUACCCUAUUGUUCAAUGGCACAUGCACAGCUUUGCUUCCAUGGACACCGGGAUGCUGUGAAAUUCUUUGUGGCAGUCCCAGGUCAAGUCAUUAGCCCACAAAGUGGCAGUAGUGGCACAGAUUUAACAAGUGAUAAAGCAGGACCAUCUGCACCGGAAUCCAGCAGCCAGACACCCUUGAAGUCUAUGCUUGUCAUCAGUGGAGGAGAGGGCUACAUUGACUUCCGGAUGGGUGAUGAAGGUGGAGAAUCAGAACUUCUUGGAGAAGAUCUUCCACUUGAACCAUCUGUCACCAAAGCAGAAAGAAGUCACUUGAUAGUAUGGCAAGUGAUGUAUGGCAGUGAGUGAGCCCAUAGGAUACAGGUGGAGAUAGGGACAUGUCUCUUCUGCAUGGUUUAUUUUUCCUUUUCCCCUUUAUUUAAUGCUUUUUUUUUUUUUUUUUGGUGAAAUAAGUUUCACCACAUAAUAUGUGAGCAUUUUUUCCUGUUAACUUUAUAUUACAAAAAUCUGUCUUGCCGUAACAAUACAGAGGAACUAGCUGUUUUACUGCACCAGUGUUAUAGGCAAUUUCAGUAUAUUAUGAACAAAUCAAAGAAUUACUUUCUUCAAACUGGUGAAUUACAGAAAGCAAUCCAGAUGUGGUUUUUUUCUGCCACAGUCUAAUGUCACUCACUUCAUUUGAUGGGGUCACUUUUUAGCUGUCACUAAUAAUGGAAUUAUUGGAAAACACUUGAUAAAUGAAACUGUACCAUUAAGUACUAUAACAGAGUUUUCCCUGGUGUAUAUAAAAUUGACACACACUACUAUCAGAUGGAGUGUCAGGAUUUGUCUAACUGUCCCAAGAAGGCUAAAAGCUAACUGUAAAUUAACUUUCACUUUUCAAGUCUGACAAAUCUUGUUUAUAUGGUAUAUAAAACUUUGUUUUCAUCAGAUUUUCAGGGGGUUUUAUAUUAAAGAAAUUAAGACUACACUAUUUAAAUAAAAGUUUCCUGUUUCUGACUUAUUAGAGCUCUAAAGUUUAUGAGACCUGCUUCUCUGAAUAUCCUGAUUUUUUUUUUUUUUGAGACUAGUUUCUCUUGUUUUCAAACUGACACGUUUGAGAAGUUUAUAAUUUUAUAAAGCUUAGAAGAAGCUUUAGCCGUGUGUUUUGUAUUCAUCGUACCAGAGAUGGUGGUGGUUAAUUCGGGGUUUUUUUCCGUAUAAAAUAUCACCUAUUUGCCACAUGUUCCUGGGCUGCUCUGACCUGUUAGAAAUAAAAGUGAAGUCGUGAUGGAGGGUGAUGGAGUCUGUCCUCACCAAUUAAGUGAGGAUUUUGUGUGUAUAUGUGUGUGUGUUCCUGAGGACCAAACUAGGGCCUCGUGCAUGCCAGUCAAGUAUGCUUACCACUGAGCUACAUCACUAGCCCAUUGAAUGAGACAUUUGACCAGGAGGGUUGUUUUCUUUUUUCUGUGUAAAACUACUAAAUACUUGGUAUUUUGGAUGUAAGUAACAUGUUUAAGCUUUUGCGCCCUUCUAAGCUCAAAAUACUAUCUUCAAAAAGGAAAACUAUGAAGGGGAAGAAGACAAAGCUGAUAUACCAUAUAUAUAUAUAUAUAAAGUCAAGGCUGAUAAUUACAUCUUUUCAAUUAACAGUGUCCAUUUAAAAAAUAGAUUAGAAUCUAUAUUUAAUUGAUUUUUUUCCCUUAGUAAGUUUUUUAAAACCAUGAUGCUUUAGGUUUUUUCCUCUCAAGCUUCUUAUUGUUACUCUAGGCAAAGUUAAAUAUAAUUUUAUGCUAUUUUAAAAAUGCAAACCUAUUGGGGCUAGGGCUGAGGCUCAGUAGUAGAGCACUUGCCUAGCAUGUGUGAGGCACUGGGUUUGAGCCUCAGCACCACAUAAAAAAUAAAGGUAUUGUGUCCAUCUACAACUAAAAAAAAAAAAAAAAAUACAAACUUACGGGAAAAAUGUUCCCCCAUCAUUGUAAGGACUUCAAAGAAAAGAAAGCAAACACA